AUGACAUACGAACUUUCUGAAAUUCCAUGCAUAUUGUUAAAAUCAAAUCAAUAUUGCUAUCAAGUUAAACAUCAUAUUAUUAGAACGUAUGGCUUUACAAAAGAUCCUAAAUUUGGUGAUUAUAUCUUAGUUAUGCAAUAUGCAUCAGAAGGAGAUUUACAUAAUAUUUUACGAAAGAAAUUUACAGAAAUUACAUGGGAUAAACAAAAAUUAGCUAUUUUAUGGCAAAUUUCAGAAGGACUUGAAACUAUUCAUAAAUCAGAAUUUAUACAUCGAGAUUUUCAUAGUGGAAACAUAUUAUCCAAUUUAUCAAAUGGAAAAAGACAUCAAUGGCAAAUUGGAGAUCUAGGAUUAUCACAAUCUGUAAAUAAUGCACAAUCAAACAACGAAAUAUAUGGAGUGAUACCAUAUGUUGCACCAGAAAUAUUUAAAGGUUCUGCAUUUUCUAAAGAAUCUGAUAUUUAUUGCAUGGGUAUGAUUAUGUGGGAACUUACGACGGGUUGUAAACCUUUUUCUAAUGUUGGGCAUGAUAUUAAUCUGAUUUAUAAAAUUCUUGAUGGAGACCGUCCUGAAAUUACAGAAGAUACGCCUGAAUGUUACGCAGAAUUAAUGAAAAGAUGUUGGCAUUCUGAUCCCACAAAAAGACCACUUAUAACGGAAAUUCGUAAAACUUUUGGUCAAUGGUUUUUUACAAAUAAAAGUAUAGGAAUAUUCAAACAAGCUGAAACAAAAAGAAAAGAGUUAAUAAAAUCGAAGAAACUUGGUCCUGAGUUUAAUGGAAAAACUCAUCCAAGUGCUAUAUAUACAAGCAGAUCAUUAAGACCUUUUAUUUCCAGUUGUUCAUCAAUUUUUUCAAAAGAUUAUAAUUCGAUAGAACUAGAGCUUGACAUAGAUAUUAAAAGCUCAAACAUACUCGGAACAAAGCGGAAUAUUGAAGAAUUAGAAAUCAAUUCUUAUGGAAAUAGUGGAAAGCACAUUAAAAAUUAAAUCCACUUAAUAAAAGGUUUCUCUCACAGACCGUUAAGUGUAAACGAUAAUGAUGAGAUAUGAACCUGGGGAAAAAAUCCGAGAAUAAAUAUUCUUCGUAUAUAAUUUUAUUUCUUUUUUUUUUGCAUUUUUAAUGUACGCUAUGCGAUAAGAGAUAUCAUUAAAUGUGUAUAACGAUAAUUGGAUAUUAAUAUUACU